UUAAAAUAUUACUACUUUUUUUUAAGUAUGUUAAUGUGGAAAAAAAAUAAAAAAUAAAAAAAUUGCAGUAUAUAUAUAUAUUGUCUAGAAAGGCGAAAAAGUAAUAGCCAUUGGGGGGGAUUCAUUUUCUAUAAGCCCCUUUUCAACAACUCCAAAAAAUUUUCUAUCAUUCUACCAAUUUUUCUUCUUUCUCAUCAGCUAGUUCCAUCUUGAUUAUCAAGAUAGAACGUUUUUCAUUGGCCUCUAGUCGGCGCAUACACGUCGACUAUUAUGGCCACAACCUCAUCAGAAGCCACGAUAUUCAAUAAGUACGAGCUAGGAAAACUCCUAGGAUGUGGUGCAUUUGGCAAAGUGUACCACGCUAGGGACAUCAGAGAUGGUCGUAGCGUGGCGAUAAAAAUAAUCAACAAAUCGAGGAUUAAUAAUGUGAUUUUGAUGUCGAAUAUCAAACGUGAAAUAUCAAUCAUGCGUCGAUUACGACAUCCACACAUUGUCAAACUUGACGAAGUGUUGGCUACCAAGACGAAGAUAUACUUUGUCAUGGAAUUUGUUAAGGGCGGUGAAUUAUUCGCGAAAAUCGCAAAGGCUGGAAAAUUUUCUGAAGAUCAGAGUCGGAAAAUUUUCCAACAACUAAUUUCUGCAGUACGUUACUGCCAUUAUCGUGGUGUAUAUCACCGCGAUUUAAAACCGGAGAAUUUACUUAUCGAUGAGAAUGGUGAUUUGAAGGUGUCUGAUUUUGGGUUAAGUGCAUUAACAGAACAAGUACAACAAGAUGGGUUGUUACAUACACUUUGUGGGACCCCAUCCUACGUGGCACCAGAUGUUCUAACAAAAAAAGGAUAUGAUGGAGCUAAGGCAGACAUAUGGACAUGUGGAAUCAUCUUAUAUGUGUUAAAUGCUGGAUAUUUACCAUUCCAUGAUUCAAAUCUUAUGGGAAUGUACAACAAAAUUUGCAAUGGAGAAUUCAAGUGUCCAAAAUGGAUGUCAUGUGAGUUAAAAAGAUUUAUACGUAGACUUCUUGAUAUAAAUCCUAUGACAAGAAUAACCAUUGAAGAAAUCAUGAAUGAUCCUUGGUUUAAGAAGGGGUUGAAACGCGUUAAAUUCUGUGAGGAAGACGGUAAGCCUCAGAAACCGAUUCAGAAUUUAGAUUCGACAGAUGCAUCAAAAGCGUCUAAUGACCCUAGCGCCGAUAUAGAAGACAAGAACAAGAAUUCUUAUUUGAAUGCUUUCGAUAUAAUUUCAUUCUCAAUGGGCUUAGACCUCUCAGGAAUGUUGAAUGAUGGAUUUAACCCAUUGGAGGAUUUUGAAAGAUUAAUUGUUAAAGGAUCAUUGGAGAUAAUAAUGGAAAGAAUAGAAGAGGUGGCAAAGAAGGUGAAUAUAAAGUUGAAGAAGAAAAAAGAAUCGGGAAUGGAGUUGAAGAAAGGUAAAUUGAUUAUGAACAUAGAAAUAUACAAAGUGAUAGAUGAUUUAGUAGUUGUUGAGGUUCGUCGAAAAGUUGGUGAUAUCGAUAUGUACAAAGAACUAUUGAAGAAUAAUAUGAAGCCAGUAAUUCUUGGCCAACAGUCGAUGGAAGUACUAAUUUCCAAAGAGGUGAAUUUAUAAAUUCAUAAUCUAGAGUCAAUAGAUGCAUAUUUGCCUUUUGGUCACAAGUAUAAGUGAUUUGUAGAUGAGAAAGAGAGUGUAUCAAAAGUAUAUAUUAUAUAUAUAUAGAAAAAAAUGGAUAAAAGGGAAGUUAUUCUCCCUUACCCAUAUAUACUGUUAAUAAUUUUUUUUGUAUGUGGGUUGAAAAUUUUGUUGAGGAAUAAAACUGCACUACUAUUGUGUGUGCAUAUUUUUCAAGUCUA